AUGUCAGAUUUGAGGCCAGUUGCGCUCUGCACUCUCUGCCACGAAGAAGAGUUUGUUGCCAUCGUUGAAGAAGAGGAGAAGCUGAAGACAAUGAAGGACCACAUCGACCUUGACUCAUCACAAGCGAAGCAGCAAAAAGCGUGUGACUUCAAGGACCUCGCGGGAAGCUUCUUCUCUGCGGCUUCGGUUUUCAGCAAGAAAUUGCAGAGGUGGCGGCAGAAGCAGAAAGCGAAGAAGCGGAGGAACAGUUCUCUUCCGGUGGAGAAGCCGAUCGGGUGGCAGUUUCGGGACAUGCAGUCGGAGAUCGCCGACUACGGCUUCGGGUGGCGGUCUUGCGACACCGAUCCAAGGUUCUCGCUAGACGCAGGGCAGUUCUCCCUAGACGCGAGGCAGUUCUCGCUUGACGCCGGGAGGAUGUCGUUUGACGACCCUCGAUACUCGCUGGAGGAGCCACGGGCGUCGUUGGACAGUUAUUUGCUCGGACGGAGCAAUUUUCCGAGGAUGUCGACGAUGCUGUCGGUGGUGGAAGACGCUUCGGUACAGCAUGUGAUGAGGACUGUUACACAGAUUCCUGUUGAGGAGGAGCCGGUGAAUGACGAUGAGGGCGUUCCUGGUGGGAAUGCACAAACUAAAGAGUACUACUCUGAUUCGAGUUCUAGGAGGAGGAAGAGUCUUGAUAGGUCUAAUUCGGUUAGGAAGAGUGUUAGUUUGGAGGUGGAUGAGUUGACUAACAAUGGAAGUGGUGGUGCGAAUGGGAAUGGGAAUUUGAAUGUCAAUGUGAAUGUGAAUGCUAAGGUGGCUCCUUCUGGAGUGGAUUAUGUGCAGGGGUGUGAGAAUGGGGUUUAAUGAAAGGGAAUUCGGGUCAAAUUCAAU